UGCUCAAAACCUUGGUUAAAUUUAACCACUGGUUAAGCUAACCAGUGGGUAAAUUUACUAUCCACUGGGUAUCUAAACACUGGUCAAAAUUCUGUUGCUCAAAGUGAGUUUAGCCCUAGGACUUACUAACCAACGGUUUAGUACUUUAACCAGUGGUUAGUAUCCCACAAUGCAACAUCUGUCGUCUGUAUAUGUAAACAAUAAUGGCUACCAACACAAACAAAAAACGAAGUGAGAAUUUCUCACCAGAGGAGACACUAUUUCUAGUGGAACUAGUUGAAGAACAUUUAAGUUUGCUCAAGUCUAAACAGACAAACCAAGUUACUAAUGCUAAAAAAGCUGCUGUGUGGCGACAUAUUACGGACGCUGUCAAUUCCAGAGGGUCGGGGGUAGUGCGUUCGAUAGACCAGGUAAAGGAAAAAUAUAGAAAGGCCUGCUCGAAGGCAAAAGUGGAGAAACACCUCCAGAAGACUCACCGUGUCAAAACCGGGGGCGGUCCGCCUCCUCAGCCAAUUGAUCCGGUGUCGCAAAAAAUAUUAGAUAUCCACCACGAUUCCCCCAACUUUAUUGGGAUCGGGGGAGGAGUUGAGGUCGGAGGCCUCAUAAUCCAAGAAGUACCAGCUAUACCUACAUGUAUGUUAGAGAAAGCUGAGAGUUCAGGUUUUCAAAUCAUCAAUGAAGAGACAGUCACCUUUGAAGGCCAAGGUAGUACAGAGACAAUUCUUCAACUCCCAGAAAAUUUGGAAGGGACAUCUGUAACAUAUGAUGUUACAUUAUCAAGUUCUGGGACCUUGAUCAGCUCAAAGAAUAAUGAAACAGGUAAAACAAAGAAGAGGAAAAUUGGUCAGGAAAGUAUGCAAGAUCUUCAGAAAAGUGUAUUGAGAGAGGAUAGGGAGAGGAUCUUGCUAAUGAAAGAACUUAUUAUAUUGCAGAAAGAAAAAGUUGCAUUAGAAAUUAAAAAACUGCAGAUGGAAUUACCAUCUAAGCCAACAGAAAAUGAGAUGUAGUAUAUUAAGUGGCU